AUGUCCUUAAGAAGCACACAGUAUGGAUCCGUAUUAUUAUCCUCAGAUUUCAAUAGCUCAAGGAAAGAGAAGGAGAGAGUGUGGCCAGUUGCUGUGUGCUCGUUCAUUGUCUGUCUAGCCUCACUGCUGUGUGGUCUCAUGCUCAGCUUCUCCUCACCCACACUGGCAGAGUUAGCAGAGGAGCCCAACCCUAACAGGAAGAUACUUGCCAACCAGACCACAGGCAGUCUGUUUGCAUCAUUUGGGACGGUGGGAGCAGCUCUUGGUAGUCUGACUGCAUGGCCCAUCUCAGAGCUACUAGGAAGAAAAGCUGUGGUGAUGACUGUCGGGUUUCCUGCGUUUGUUGGCUGGCUCCUGAUUGCCUUCUCUGCAUAUGUUGUGGACAACAUGAAUGGAUUUGUUGCUAUGUUGCUCAUUGGGAGACUACUGACAGGUACUGCUGCUGGAAUCUCUGCUGGUGCUGUCGCUGUGUAUGUUGGGGAAAUAUCUUCAAAGAAAUGGAGAGGUUUCUUUGGCAACUGGAAUUAGCUGUUUGUCACAAUCGGCAUGUUGAUUGGUUAUGCUCUAGCACAGUCAACUCUGUGUUCCCCAGCUACAGGUACUACCACAGUGCCCUCAUUGCUGCAGGUGUUGUGCUGCCAUUUGAGAUCAUGAUGCUCCUCCCCACCACUGUCGAGU